GUGCGUGCUUGCGGUUCAUUCGUCGUCGGAACAGCAGGUUUUCGACACAAUUGGCCUUUUAUUUGUGUUGUUUGUUCAAAGUUUUGCAAGGAUGGAUACGAACGUAAAGUCUAACCUGCCAUGGGUAGAGAAAUACCGCCCUGCCAAACUUACGGACCUCAUUUCGCACGAGGAAAUCAUUGGCACGAUCAACAAAUUCAUCAAGGAAGAACAGUUACCACAUCUGUUGUUUUACGGGCCUCCGGGAACGGGCAAAACUAGUACCAUUCUUGCCUGUGCCCGACAGCUGUACAAACCGCAAUCCUUUGGUUCGAUGGUGCUCGAACUGAAUGCGUCCGACGAUCGUGGCAUCAACAUAGUGCGUGGCCAAAUUUUGGAUUUCGCUUCUACGAAAACCAUAUUCAAGGGUGGAUAUAAGCUGAUCAUACUAGAUGAAGCCGAUGCCAUGACUAAUGACGCACAAAAUGCGCUGAGGCGCAUCAUCGAAAAGUAUACGGAAAAUGUGCGAUUCUGUAUUAUUUGCAACUACCUCAGCAAAAUCAUUCCGGCCAUACAGUCGCGCUGUACACGGUUCCGCUUUGCACCACUGUCGCCUGAUCAGAUUCUCCCCCGAUUAGAGCACGUUAUCGAAGCGGAAGGAAUCGACGUGACUGCCGAUGGCAAAAAGGCACUCAUGACUCUAGCUGGUGGCGAUAUGCGAAAAGUGCUCAACGUCCUCCAAAGCACCUGGAUGGCGUAUAAAAAAGUGACGGAGGUGAAUGUGUACAACUGCGUUGGGCAUCCUCUAAAAGAGGACAUCAAUGACAUUAUAUUCUGGCUGCUUAACGAGGAAUCAUUCAAAACAUGCUAUGAAAAAAUCCAGCAACUUAAAACACAGAAAGGUUUGGCGUUGGAGGACAUUCUCACGGAGAUACAUUUGGUCGUUAAUCGAUUGGAAAUUCCACCACGAGUUUCCUCCCAGUUGCUAAUCAAUUUGGCAUCGAUCGAAGAACGGUUAGCGGAUGGGUGCGUCGAAAGGCCUCAGAUAGCAGCUCUAAUAGCAGCGUUCAGCAAAGUACGCAGUUUAGUAGUUUAGCUUUUAAGUAUUUCACUAUACGAAGUGUUCUACCACAGCUCACUUACAAGGUCACAAAAGGGUCACGUUGGUUCAAUUACCUAGAAAGGCAAAUUAUAGCCGGAAAGCGUUGACUUUUCUAAUGUAAUUUUCGCGAUUAAUGAAGUAAUACAAGAAUAAUCAAUCA